UGUUCUUCCCCAAAUCAAUCCCAUUUGAAAACCCUAAUUUGUCUUUAGUAACCUGCGACAAUUCACACUCCAUUUCAAAGCCCUCUUCUCUCCUAACUUCAGCCUGCUAUCUAUAUCCCCAACCACCGGGCAUUAACCACCAACCACCACCAUCACCUAUGACCAUAGCUGGAACUCUAGUUCGUCACUACAAAAUAAUGACACAAACGACUACAAGAAGGUUUUCUGGAAGUUUGACGCUAUCGGUGAAGGUAUGAUUUCAAUCACGGAGCUCAUAUCUAUAAGCGGUUCCGUCACGCCGGAGAGCAAGCCGAAGGUCGUAAUGGCGGAGAUUUAUACAGAAGAAUGGGCUGAAGGUUGUAAUGGCGAUUCAGCGGUGCCGUCACCAAGUAGAUCUGACCAUCACGAUUCAUAAUCUGAAACAACUCAUCUACAACUUCUAUUGGCCCUCUGAACCUUGAGAAUCAUCAUCCUUUGAAGUAUGCACUCUAGCUUGACCCAUUUGGUCGUGCAGUACGGUUUUGUGCCACUCAAAACGUAUCUCCCUGAGGGCAAUAUUGACCUGACGGUUAUUAGUGUUCCUGACUCGCGUAAUUUGCCUCUUAACAUUUAUCAUGCUCUUCUGGCUGAAGAGUGGAAUGGAAAUGAUGAAUACAGGCUAAAAGACAUCCGAUUCAUUGAUGCUCUAUAUAAUAUUGAGAAUAUUAAGAACAUGUGCCUCAUGUUAGUAUUAGAUUAGCAUUGGAUUUCAUAUAUAUUAUGCUUGUGAAACUAGUUAAGUGUGUCGUUAACGACAUUACAAUUGAUAUAUCCUUCAACCAGCUGAGUGGUCUUUGUGCACUGUGUUUUCUUGAGCAGGUAUGAUCAUGAUCGUUUGUAUAUUGACUAAUGCAGGGGGAUCACUUUAUUGGUAGAAACCAUUUGUUCAAACGCAGUAUCAUCUUGAUAAAAUCAUGGUGUUACUAUGAAAGCCAUAUUAUGGAUGUGAUGUAUGGCCUCCUAUCUACAUAUGCUUUGGAAACUUUAGUUCUAUACAUAUUCCGUAUGUAUAAUGCAUCUCUUGCCUGAUGGUUCUUUACAUGUUCUUGGAGUAUUACAACAAAUUUAACUGGGAUAAAUUCGGCAUGAGUAUUGAUGGUGCGGUUAACUUAUCUUUAAUGCCUGAAAUAGUUGUUGAGAAUCCCACCCAUCAUGCCUUAUUCGGUGGACAAUUUCUUAGGGAACUCAUAAACUUGUACACCGUGCCUUGUAAGAUACCUGCGGAAAAUAGCCCACCUUUUAUACGGAAGGUUGUUAACAUCAUUGAUCCGCUGAAAACAGAUAACAAUCUUGGGCGAAGCGUUAAUUUUGGAAACUGUUUACGUAUAAAGCUUGCUUUACGUCUUGGUGCUGGUACGCUUGCUGAGAUUUUGGAAUUACCGAUGGAGAAAAUCGAAGAAAGGAUCAAGAACUUCUUUGACCUCUUAGGAGAUUUUAAUGGUAACCUGAGGAGUCUUCUAUCCAGCCAAUGUACUCUAGGUUUUCGUUACGCAGCUGGUCAUGAGCAUCAUCGGUUGGCUGGCUGGUAAAUCAUACGCAAUUAAUGGUUCGGUAAUGCUUCCUGUCCCAAAUCAACCGAUUCACCGAACUAGCCCAUUGAGCAGGCCUCCUAUGGGCCCGUCCUGGAGAGCAAGUGGAAGGGGUCGUGUGCCAUGAUUGCUUGUCCAUCCGCUGAACUGGGGCUAUGGACCAACUUUUGAAGUAGGCUCGUCUUUGGGUUCUACCAGUAAUAGUCCAGACCCGCAGUCCUCACAAGGUCAUGGAAAGUCUAGUGCACCCAGCCAGGUGCCUAGACAAGAAAGGAGACUUGUGUUUGGGUCUUUUGGCCGAGUCUCCAUGAACACCUCUUUACCGCUAAUGGAUGAAAAUGAGUUCCCUCGUUUGUCGGGUUGAGUAAGGAAGAUGAGACACAGCAUGUAUAAAGACUGUUGUAGUUCAAAUUCUUUGUUCAAUAUCUUUUAGGGUAGACAGGUGUAAAACACCAAAAAAAAGUAGGACUCCUUUUUUAUUAGGUUUGUUUUUAA